UGUCUGUCCACCUUGAUGUUUUCCCUUUGGCAUGCUCAUGGCAACGUGUGUUGUAGUACGUUUGAAGUCCUCAUAGAAGGACCUUUCGUUUCGAUUAGAAUACUUCGAAUAAUCUCCUGUGAAGCAAAGUUUUAGAAUGAAAAACACACGCCAUAAAACUUGCUGAUUUAUCUAAAAUUAAAAUUUGCUUAUAAAUAAUUGUUAAAAGGUAGAUGUUUUGCGAUAUUUCUGUAUUUCACAAACAAGCACCUUUCCUAGUUCUUCAAGGAGAUGUCUUCGUUCAAUUCCGUGAGUCAUUCGGGUACAGUCGGCGGGUAAAGGUCGAAAAAUGGCGCUGGGGAAUAUUUGAUAAAAAUUUACGAAAAG